GAAGAGGCGUAGCGCGGGUAGCCGCAAUACAUCUGGAUCAUUCGCGGUGGCGAGCUGGACUGGACACGUCGGAUCAGACUAGGGACUCCUCAACGAGGUCGACAGGUGGCGAGCGAACACCGCCCUUGUGCCACCACUAUCUGUAGUACACCGCCGGUGUGAGAGGGCGGAUAGGGAACGUGUCAUCGCGGAAACUUGACAAGCGGCGAAGAAAUCAAGGAACCCGGUAAUAUGCGGUGCUCGGUCCUUUGCGUUCUGCUGCUGGCGAUAAGCGAGCCUCUUCUUGUUCACGCAAAAGUGGUGCUAGUGGUGCCACGACAUAUAAGACAAGAAACGUCAUGGCGACCACCACCAAAUUAUUACAAAAAAUCGUCUUACGGAGGCAACGACUUUCAACGUCCUUCAUAUUACAGCCACGCCAAUCGUUACUACAAUCGGAAGCCAUACCGGCCGCUGCCAUAUCCACAAGGAGGCAAUGAUUUCGAUCAAGGUCAUGAACCCGUGAAUCACAUGCACAUACGCUCCUAUAGCAAAGACAUCGGUCAUGGCAUUUCUUUUGGCAAAGGGUACAUUCCGUACGAGAACAUUAAGAGCAGCAGUUUACCCUUUGUGCACGAAAGAUAUGCCGGCGCGUACACGCAUCAACCUGCCGUGCCGAACUAUCCGCCGACCAGUUUCACGUCGGUAGGUCAGGAUUACGCGACGUCGGCUACAACGCAUACUUUUCAGAAUCCGCAAAUAGACUCGUUCUUUUCCGACGUGGAGACUACCGCGAGAGGCGCAGAACUGCCCGACAGUUUGAAGGACAGCGCGAACAAGUACUACGCCUCUCGUUCCAUCGAGAGGGAACUCAGCCUCAGAAACCAGCAAGCCCUCAACAGCGUUAUGGAAAGGGACAGGAACACUUUGGCGAGGGACAACGAAGGACUGACCGCCAAGGACGUUUCCUCGGUCGCGUACAAUCACGCCGCUGCUACGGCCGGUAUGCAAGGCGCCGUGAUAUUGCCAGCUGGUAUACCGUCGGCCACCAUCGCCGGUAACAGAGAUGGUAUCGUGUUGCGGGACACCGUGUCCCUGGACGAUUACCACAGAAAACUGGAAGAGCUGACCAAGACCUGGCCGAACGUGUUAUCCGCCGCCGGCUCGUCUCCCAGCUUCGCCGCGAUUUCCGCGUCUCAUCCUCAUCAGCUGCGCGGUGUGGGUUUGCCUACUGGUUACGGUGCUCCGACCGGCACCGAUUGGAUCUCUCCCAGCUUCGCGCAGUCCAAACAGGGCUACGCUGUGCGCGAGGACACCGGUGAUACCGCAACCCAUGAUUUCCGUACAAUGCAGAUUCACGCCCCGUAUCAGCAGUCACCGCUUGGGGUGAACGCGAUAGGUCUGCCGGCUGGACCUACAUUAGGAUUCGCGCCCUCAAUUCACGGCUAGACUCGGCGGGACCUGUGAUCCCAGAGAUUCGAACUGCGGAUGUAAUUUUGACGAGUUCAAUUUAUCUUUCGUACGAAUAUAUAUCAUGUAUAUAUUUUGUACGAAUUGCCACGAACAAACACGAUCAUUCUCGCGCGCCUUUCAUGACGUCGUAAUUUGAACUUAGCGAAGUU